UUGUUUACACUGACUUGGGACUAAAUAACAGAGCAGAACACUUUUUGCUUGAAAGCAGAUUAAUUUGAGGGAACAGAUUAACAACUAUCGUUCUCCUUUUCAUAAUCUGGAGGUCAAGUGUGGACUGUCUGAGCUGAUAUGGAGUGCAGCGGGAAGGUGACGCCCCAGUUGAUGCUGGCUGUGGGGACGGCUGUGAUCGGCUCUCUGCAGUUUGGCUACAACACGGGUGUCAUCAACGCACCUCAGAAUAUCAUUGAGAGCUUCUACAACCAGACGUGGAUCAGCAGGUUUUCAGAACCCAUUUCUCAGAGCACUCUGACAGCUCUGUGGUCUUUUUCUGUGGCCGUCUUCUCCGUGGGAGGAAUGUUUGGCUCCUUCUCUGUCGGCCUUUUUGUCAACCGCUUUGGCAGGAGGAACUCCAUGCUCAUGGCCAAUGUGUUAGCCUUCCUUGCUGCUGUGUUUAUGGGGUUCAGCAAACUGGCAGCUUCCUUUGAGAUGCUCAUCAUUGGACGUUUUAUAGUGGGUGUGUACUCUGGCCUCUCGACGGGGUUUGUACCCAUGUAUGUUGAGGAAAUCUCUCCAACAUCUCUUCGCGGAGCCCUGGGCACUCUGCAUCAGCUCGGUGUGGUGAUUGGCAUCCUCAUGGCCCAGAUCUUUGGGAUUGAAUCUAUCUUGGGGAAUGCAUCCCUGUGGCCGCUGCUGAUGGGGUUCACUCUGCUGCCGGCCUUGCUGCAGUGUGCUCUACUGCCGUUCUGUCCAGAGAGCCCCCGCUACCUCCUCAUUAACUGCAAUGAAGAGAGCAAAGCCUGCAGCGUCCUAAUAAAGUUGCGGGGCACCGACGAGGUGAGUGAGGACAUACAGGAGAUGAGGGAGGAGAGCCAGAAGAUGAUGAGGGAGAAGAAAGUGACCAUUCCUGAGCUGGUUCGCUCUCCCAUCUACCGCCAGCCCAUCUUGGUUGCCGUCAUGCUGCAGCUGUCGCAGCAGCUGUCCGGAAUCAACGCUGUAUUUUACUACUCUACUGGGAUCUUUGAGCGAGCAGGUGUUUCCCAGCCUGUGUAUGCCACCAUUGGUGCUGGGUUGGUCAACACUGCCUUUACUGUUGUUUCUCUGUUUGUGGUGGAGCGUGUGGGCAGACGACCUCUUCAUCUCAUCGGUUUGAUGGGGAUGGCGGUGUCUGCUGUUUUUUUAACUGUUGCCAUGGCACUGUUGGACCAGCUCAGGUGGAUGUCCUAUGUCAGCAUCGUGGCCAUCUUCAGCUUCGUAGCCUUUUUUGAAAUCGGCCCCGGCCCCAUCCCGUGGUUCAUCGUAGCUGAGCUCUUCAGCCAGGGGCCCCGGCCUGCUGCCAUUGCAGUUGCUGGUUUCUGCAACUGGUCUGCCAACUUCAUAGUGGGAAUGAGCUUCCAGUAUGUUGAGCAACUCCUCGGUCCUUAUGUCUUCAUCAUCUUCACCGUUCUGCUGCUUGGCUUCUUCGUCUUCACUUACUUCAAAGUACCCGAGACAAAGGGUCGCACCUUUGACGAGAUCGCAGCAGGUUUCCGUCACUCCUCUGGUCAGGGGGCUGAAAAGUAUGCAGCUCCAGAAGAAUUCAACACGCUCAAGGGGGAUGACCCUGACCUGUAGACGCUCUCGGCACGCACCUGCAACAAGUCACCCUCACGCUUAGCGGCUCGAUGUAACACUGCUAGUGUAAUAUUCACAUUGAUAUUUAUAGAUUUAUAUUGUAACACCAGAUGUCAUUGUGGCCUUAGUCUGUAGCACAAAUGAAUUUUUUAUUUUAUGAAUCUGCCAUAAAAGUGAAAAUAAUGCAGACUCUCCAACAGCUAAGACUUUUGGUAAAUCAGAAAGAGUAAAUUGAAUUUGCGGUUUGCGAUGGCUGACUUCUUGCAUCAGUCUCAAGGUUGUUUUUGCUCUAUCUUCAUUUAUUGUAUUUACAGAAGCUAAUUAUUGAAUUUGUCAUUUUGGGUUUUGUAUUGUCUAUUACUUUAACCAGCUGUUUCAGUGUUAUAAUGUGUGUAAUAAGAUACAAUGUCUGAUAGGUCAAGUGUGUGAAAUGUGUGUAUGCUUAAUUAAUUUUAACAUUUUACUGUCUCCUUCAGUGCAAGAACUUUUCUAUCCAUACUGUACUUCUAUUUCUAUCAUCACAGGUAGUCAUAAGUCAAUGUUUUGGUACUCAAAACUUAAAUCAACUUUGUAUUGUGUGUAAUAGUUGUAUUUUAUUAGUUUAAAAUGUCUCAGUGUG